GGGUACUUGUGUCUGUCCUCUGAGGUUUGGCGCUGAUGCUUGUGUUGUUGCCUGAGGAACAGGAAAUGAGGAUUCCCAGAUGGAUUCUGUGGAAAAGACAGCAAAUCGAAGCGAACAGAAAUCAAGAAAGUUUUUAAAAAGCCUCAUUCGGAAGCAGCCCCAGGAGCUGCUUCUGGUCAUCGGGACGGGAGUGAGCGCGGCAGUGGCCCCUGGGAUCCCCGCCCUGUGCUCCUGGCGCAGCUGCAUUGAGGCGGUCAUCGAGGCGGCAGAGCAGCUGGAGGUGCUGCACCCCGGGGACAUCGCCGAGUUCCGCAGGAAGGUGACCAAGGACCGGGACCUGCUGGUGGUGGCCCACGACCUCAUCCGGAAGAUGUCCCCUCGCACGGGCGACACCAAGCCCAACUUCUUCCAGGACUGCCUGAUGGAGGUGUUCGACAGCCUCGAGCAGCACAUCCAGAACCCGCUGGUGCUGCAGUCCAUCCUGAGCCUGAUGGAGCGCGGCACGCUGGUGCUCACCACCAACUACGACAACCUGCUGGAGCUCUUCGGGCAGCAGCAGAACCGGCCCAUGCAGUCCCUGGACCUCAAGGACAAGACCAAGGUCCUGCAGUGGGCACGCGGGCACGUCCGCUAUGGAGUUCUUCACAUCCACGGCUUGUACACGGACCCCUGCGGCUUGGUCUUGGAUCCCUCGGGCUACAAAGAUGUAACUCAAGACCCAGAAGUCAUGGAGGUCCUGCAGGGCCUGUACCGCACCAAGUCCUUCCUGUUCGUGGGCUGCGGGGAGACGCUCCGCGACCAGAUCUUCCAGGCGCUCUUCCUCUACUCGGUGCCCGACAAGGUGGACCUGGAGCACUACAUGCUGGUGCUCAAGGAGGACGAGGACCACUUCUUCAAGCACCAGGCGGACAUGCUCCUGCAUGGCAUCAAAGUCGUGUCCUACGGGGACUGUUUCGACUAUUUCCCGGGCUACGUGCAGGACCUGGCCACUCAGAUCUGCAGGCAGCGGAGUCCAGAUGCCGAUCGAGUGGACAGCACCACGUUGCUGGGUAACGCCUGUCAGGACUGCGCAAAGAGGAAGUCUGAGGAGAACGGCGUGGAAGGCUCCAAGAAGGCCCGGCAGUCAGCUCCGGAUGACGCUGGAGGGUCUUGAAAUCCCCGAAUCUACCAAUAAAACCUGCCACUUGAAAAACCAGCCUUCUGUAACCGCAGUGCCACACCCAACGAUGAGGAAUGUUCCGAGAACUCCCCACGGGAUCUCCGUUAGACAUCACAGACCCCCAAAGAGCCCUGUGUGCUGUGGCCCUUGGGCCGGGCAGGAGCGUCCCCGUGCGGGCUGCACUGGGGAGGCUGCGCGCACACUUCAGGUACGCCCCGUGCGGACUCAUGCACUGCUACCUCAGGACCACCACGGGGAGGGCGCUGCGCUUCCUGUCCCGCGGACACCCCUCACAGGGCUUCCUGACGAAGCAGGUGAAGACUGUCUAAGCAACAGUAGUUGCCAAAGAAAAUAAGACAUGUUUUACGGUGUCUGUGGAAACCUGUUACGGUAGGGACCAUUUUGAGUGUUUGCUGUUGAAUGAGUCUCC